AUGACGGUGGCAAGGAAAGGGGCAAAGUCUUGUUUCUUCGACGACAAGAUAUAUGCAAUAGGAGGUUGCAUGAAUAGAGAGGAAUCGACGAAUUGGGGUGAGGUUUUCGACCUAAAGACUCAGACUUGGAAGCCAUUGCCUAAGCCUCCUCUUAUUGAUGAUGAUGAUGAUGACAAAGUUGCAGUUUUUGGAGAAAAGUUAUAUUUCUUCUCCAAAAGUGACGCCAGGUAUGCAUAUGAUCCGAAAGAAGGAAGAUGGGUACCAGAGUUUGGGUUUGUAGGUCUAGAAGCUACAAGUAUAACUGGACCGUGGUGCGUUAUAGGAAACGUAAUGUUUGCUGAAUAUGACAAAAAGUUGAAGUGGUAUAACCCAAAGUACAAAAAUUGGUUGAGAGUUUAUGGGUUGAAUCAAGUCUUGUAUUCGAAGCGUAGGUACUGUCACCGGACGAUUCAAUUAGUUAACCAUGGUGGGAAACUGAUAAUUGUAUGGCAUGAGUGGGUCUGGAUGGCAAGGGACUGCACGAGCCCAGACCUGAAAAUUUGGUGUGCGGUUAUUAGGUUGGAGGAGCGUUUGACUUCUCGUUUAGGACCCCAAAUGUGGGGGGAAGUUGAACGUUGUAAUAUUGUCGUGCCUUCAGUCCCAACAUCAUAUAAGCUCUCGACCUGCCAAUCGAUUUCAUUCUGA